CUUUCAAUCAAUGGAUUUGCUGCAAUUUUCAGACAGUGAUUUUGACGCUGCGUUGGCUGCUGCGGCACCACACGACGUGCAACAACCACAACAACAACAACAGCAGCAACAGCAGCAGCAGCAACAGCACGAUCAAGGACCGCAGCAGCAGCAGGCCCAAGAAUCUUCAGCCGCUGCUCCGAUCGCCGCUGCGUCCGCGGGCGAGACUCAGGCGGCGCCCAUGGACACUUCCGCAGACGACGCAGGGACGAUCAAGCCAGAGCAGCACGCUGCACGAGCGCCACAGCCACAGCAGCAGCAACAGCAGCAGCAGCAGCAGGCAGAGCGCUCGGCGGGAAACAGCGAUCUUGAAUUUGGCGCCAACAGCGCAUCCGCCGAGCAAGCCGGCCAGCAAGGCAGCAGCGCGACCGAGUCCGCAGCAGCACAGGCGCUGAACGCACCGCAUGUCGAGAGUGCAAGCCGACGAGCGAGCGAGACACCGAGCCGCGAUGAUGCGAUGGCUUUGGCAGCGGGCGCCAUUCCAGCGCCGACUUCAAGCACGACCGGCGACGCGAGCAGCAGCUCAAAUGGAGUCCCAGGGCUCUCUGGUGGAGGUGUUCUGGGCGCGGCCAUGUACCAAGCGAUUGGACUGCUGGCCGAGAAUCAUGUUCGCAACACUACAAAGCGAUCGUUGGAUGCCUCGUCCGGCUCUGCAACCUCCACCGCUGCAUCUGGCGACGACGACAUGCAUCUCAUCAAGCGAAUGCGUCGAGCAAGGCCGACGGAUCGUGAAUUGUCUGCACACGUUGAGCGACUCCUCCCAGAAGCAGCAGAGUACAAUGAGCUCGUUUCGAUUGAGCAGCGCCUUGAUGCAAUCUUGCAACGCAAGCAGCUCGACAUUUCCGACUCGUUGCGCAAAACCCAUCUGCGCGUUCCUCAAGUCCUUCGCGUUGUUGCGACAAACACAUUUACCGCCGCUGGCGUGGACGCAACUGGAGCGCCACAGCCGGCCACAUGGACUCUGCGAAUCAACGGGGGGUUUGUAGGCCAGAAUACCGUUGAAAACCGUCCCAAGUUCACUUCCUGUGUGAAGCGUCUCGUGGUCGAGUUGGACUCUAGCUUGGCAGCAGCUCAACGGAUAGUAGAGUGGGAGGCAUCCAAGGGCGAAGUUUCACAGGAAGGCUUUAGCAUAACACGACCUGGCCACCAGCCAUUCGACUGCACCAUUUACCUCGACUUUGAGCACAACCCUCAGCGCUACAAAUUAGCUUCGGGCUUGUCUCGGCUGUUGGGUGUUGCGGUCGCCACUCGCACGGAUGUGUUGUUUGGUCUUUGGCAGUAUGUUAAGGUACAUCAAUUGCAAGAUCGAGAAGACAAGCGGCUUGUGAACUGCGACCAGGGGCUGAAGGCGCUCUUCCAAAACGAUAAAAUUGCUCUGGCGGAUAUGGCAGUGCUCGCCAACCCGCUGCUUUUGCCGCUCGACCCUCUUGUUAUUCACUACAGCGUCAAGUUUGACGGCACAGGAGAGCAGCCAGUCGCGUGCUACGAUGUUGAUAUUGAAGUUAAGGACACCAUCAAGGAGACGAUGAAUCGCUUCUUGCUUGGCGAGAGCGCACGACCAACGCUGGCCCAGCUAGACGAGGAGACUUUGCAAACAGUGCAGCGCUUGGAAGCCAUUCAGCUCAAGCAUGGGUUUGUCUCGCACUUUGCUGAAACUCCGCGCGCGUUGCUGGACAAGUGGCUCGAGUCUCAAACGCGUGAUUUGAAGGUUAUGUCGUAUCUGCCCACCGACGUUGAGCAACAACGCCAUGCAGACUUCUUUUACAAGCCGUGGGUCCAGGAAGGCGUUCAUCGUUACAUUAGUGAGAAGCUCAACAAGCGUCGGUUUGAGGUUGCAGGCGAGAUUCCGCGAAAAUAAGAGGAGCGCUGCCAAAUCAUCGUCGUCCAAGUUGUGCCUUUUUGAAUUUGUCAAAUACAAGUUGAUCCGUUGC